UAAAAAUAUAUUUAAUAACUAUAUGUAAUUUCGAAAUAUAUUUGAAUUGUCAAAAUGCAUUCUUUAAGAUGUUCGAAUUAUUAAGAUCUCCCUCUAAAACCUACUGAGGCGUAACACAUUUCUUUUCGACAACCCGUAAUACCGACGAACAAUACGAGCAGACACGCCGGCGUAAGUCUUUUGUUCAUCAACGUUACAUUCAAUUGUCCCGAAACAGAAGCGGAGCCGAGAUACCUCUCUUCUCGCUGUGUAUCCAUGGGAACGCGAGUUUGAUUCAGCCAAAUUACCCGAGUUACGGUUCUUAGGGUUAGGGAUUUCGUCGGAAUUAUUACGAGUCUCGUCGCGUCAGAGAUCUUUCGCGCUCUCGACUUUAUCUCCCGGUGCGUCCUCGUGUCGUCUCGCACUCCGGAAUACGCGGUGCGCGUUACGCAUUUCCAAGGUAACGAAAACAGACGACGACGAGUUUUGAUUUCGUCAUCGUCACGCUGCACUCAAAAGGGUUCGCGUUUCGCAGCGAAGAGGAGAAUUUGCCAAGUCGAAGUUUAAGCCAGCGAACAUGCGCGAGAUAGUACAUCUUCAGGCCGGCCAAUGCGGCAAUCAGAUUGGAGCCAAGUUUUGGGAAGUAAUCUCGGACGAACACGGGAUCGAUCCUACAGGCACGUACCACGGCGACUCGGAUCUGCAGCUGGAGCGAAUAAACGUCUACUACAACGAGGCGACAGGCGGUAAAUAUGUACCGCGCGCGAUUCUGGUCGAUUUGGAGCCUGGAACGAUGGACGCGGUCCGUUCGGGACCGUUUGGCCAGAUAUUCCGGCCAGACAAUUUCGUGUUCGGGCAGAGUGGCGCCGGUAACAACUGGGCCAAGGGCCACUACACGGAGGGCGCCGAGCUCGUCGACUCCGUCCUGGACGUUGUCCGCAAGGAGGCCGAGAGCUGCGACUGCCUCCAGGGAUUCCAACUCACGCAUUCGCUCGGCGGCGGCACCGGCGCCGGCAUGGGCACCCUGCUCAUCUCUAAAAUACGCGAGGAAUAUCCCGACAGAAUCAUGAUGACGUUCAGCGUGGUACCCUCGCCAAAGGUAUCGGACACCGUGGUCGAGCCCUACAACUGCACACUCUCGGUGCAUCAGCUGGUGGAGAACACGGAUGAGUCGUAUUGCAUAGACAACGAGGCACUUUACGAUAUCUGCUUCCGGACUCUCAAGUUGACCACGCCGACCUACGGUGACCUCAAUCAUCUCGUCAGCGCGACCCUGAGCGGCGUUACCACUUGCCUGAGAUUCCCCGGCCAGCUCAACGCCGACCUGAGGAAGCUAGCCGUUAACAUGGUCCCCUUCCCGCGACUGCACUUCUUCAUCCCUGGCUUCGCUCCCCUGACCUCUAGAGGUUCGCAACAGUACCGGGCACUUACAGUACCGGAGCUCACUCAGCAAAUGUUUGACGCGAAGAACAUGAUGGCCGCGUGCGACCCGCGACACGGCAGAUACUUGACGGUGGCCGCGGUAUUCCGCGGCAGGAUGUCGAUGAAGGAGGUGGACGAGCAGAUGCUCAACAUUCAGAACAAGAACAGCAGCUACUUCGUCGAGUGGAUACCGAGCAACGUGAAGACCGCCGUUUGCGACAUACCCCCGCGGGGCCUGAAAAUGUCUGCGACUUUCAUUGGCAAUUCUACGGCCAUUCAGGAACUGUUCAAGAGGGUGUCGGAGCAAUUCACCGCAAUGUUUCGGCGCAAGGCGUUCCUGCACUGGUACACCGGCGAAGGCAUGGACGACAUGGAGUUUACCGAGGCCGAGAGCAACAUGAACGAUCUUGUGUCCGAGUAUCAGCAGUACCAGGAGGCGACCGCCGACGAGGAGGGCGAGUUCGACGAGGAGGAGGAGGGCGAGGGCGAGGAGAAGUGAAGAUCGUCCCCAUCUCCGGAAGAUGUUUAUCGAGUGCUCGCUACACCUGCUGCUUCCUUUCCGCUCUCGUCACUUCUUUACGUAGUUAUAUCGUCCCACCCUCGUAUCCUCUUAGAGUGUAAAAUAAUAUGUAGCCGAGCCAACGUCGGCCGACAGCUUGUUGUUCCUUGUCUCCCGCGUGUCCCCCAUCGUCGAAAGUAUAUUACGUGCACGAAAUAAAGAAAAAAAAGAAAAGAAAAGAAAACAUAAGAGAAAAAAAUGACGAAAAGAAAAAGAAAGAAAAAGGAAAGCUGCUCCAUUUUCCCGCGUAAGAAGCACUCAUUUCUCUCGCAUACUCUUAACCGCGUCUACAACACGACGAAACGGAACACUCUCUCGCACUCUAAGGUUUGCGCUUGGUUUCCGGGUAACCUCCGGCCGCUACGGAGAUAAUGCGAAAUGUACGUAUCGGGGAAACGUUUCCCGCUUCCUCUCCUUCGAGUAAAACUACGCGCAAGCACCACCGACGGCGUUUGCUUACCUUCGCUUUACGUACUUUAGUCAGAGGCGAGGAGGGAGAAAGAAGGACGCUUUAAACCUUAAUUAAAAACUGAAGCCGAUCUCUCUCCACUGUACGUUCCAUUUCUGGCGAUAAUCAUAAUAUUCCUUGUUACUCGGCGGCGUAUUCGUUACAUGCUUCGCAAUUAUAUAAAAUCAUUACGUUUUACUCCCGCUGUAUUUCAAUUUUAAUACACGCUUAAUUUCGCGAUUGAUUUUUAUUAAUUUUAUUAAAUGCCAUUUUAUUUCAGUUCGCGGAGUUUAACGACGCACGCGAGCAACGGUUCGUUUAGCCGACUAAAAAUCACUCGGCGAUUUAUUUCGGGACACUCCAUUCUACGGCCGAGCGAGAUUCUUUUACAAUUCCCGACGCCGCGAUAACGCGCCGUAAUAAAUCGCGGCAGGGAGGGCGCGUAGUAUCGGAGGCUCGUACAUCACCGCCGGCAUCACUGCCGAUUGCCGGUGCCGACGUCGUACGAUCGGCCGUAUUCUCGCGCUCAGCGAUCCUUGCGUUGCGAUCGAGAACAUUAUUGGCAAACAAUAAUUGCACAAUUACCGGAGCCGAGGACUCGUUAAGCGACGUGAUGUCACGCAUCCCUGAAUGAGCCCAGCGAAAAGCGAUCGAGGCGGACGUUCGUCGUAGAAAAUCGCGAGAAGGAUCAGCUGUCCUCGGUCAAUAUUACAUCGAAGAUCCGCGAAAUCCCGGAGACGGACGCGAGAAUCCGGAGGGCUUAUCUAUCGCCGAGAGAAGCGUCUUUACAAAAAAAAAAAAAAGAACUAUCAAAAGAGAAUGCGUAAGAAAAUGUAGAUUACACGAGGCCCUACCUUUUCUUUCGCGCCAGCGUUUUCAGCAAUUUUGUGAUAUGUCGCUUUUAUCUUAAAAAAAAAAAAAUUUUUUUUUAAAUAUGUUUUUAAGCUCUGGAGCUUUGCAGGCUCGCACACUCGCUCGCACACUCGCUCGCAUUUACCUACCACCAGGGCGUUUACGUAACCGCGACGGAAACGUGCGCGAGGAUGGGCGGGGAGGUUGGACACUCCUGCCGAGCACACACGUGUGUGGUCCAUACACAGAAUGCUAAUGCUAAUAAUGCAGACGCAUAAACUCAGGAUUUAGAUCACGGUGUUCCAGUUUCCGUCACCGCGUGUUGUUCUCGCCGCGGUUUCCCGCGAUCUCGCAUCUUCGCCGGGUUCUCGCUAACGACCUCGGUCGCAUACGACCUUACAUAAUUACGCUGCGAGAAGAGGAAGAAAAACAAAAUAGAUGCUUACGCGGUCUCCCAGCGUUCUGCGGAAGAAGACGUGUUUGCAAACGCUUUAUUGCCACUUGUCAUCGAUAAAAUAAGCAAGGGGACUUAUUCGGGACGGCGGCGGAGCUGACGUCGCUCGAUAGGCAAAAUGGAACGAUAAAUAAAAAAAAAUUGUCAUGUAUCACGUAAAACGUACCGGAUUCACGGGUUAACGGAUUUAAUCCCUUUCGGCUCGAAUACAAGGUGUCCAACUUCUCGCGCGGUAUUUCUUAAACGCGAAUUUCUUGAUCAAUUUGGACUCGAGUGUUUCUUAGCGUGACUAUCGCGGGAGGCCAUCGAGCUUAUCGUAACUUUCCAAUCUUUAAUACGGCAUAUCUUUAGUAAGUAAGUCAAGUUUUUAUAUGAAAUAAAUUGCGCCUAAAAUUGAAA